AUAAAUAUCCGGAUUUACUGAAGCUGAUAGGGGAAGCUGGUCGCGGACCCCUCCAAUCGGCGGCGACAAAGGCAUGGCCUGGAUACGUGAAAAGUCUUCUGGAGCAUGGAGCAAACCCACACGACCGGGCUGAUGAUGGUUCGACACCCUUCACAUGGGCGCUCAUGAGAAACCCCACGACCGAGUCUGCCAAAGAAAUUUCAGGAUUGAUUGCGGAGAAGGCAAACAUGGAAGACCUUCUUGGGCCAGACAGGAAGAGCGGCUUCACGGCCUUUGGAAAGCUGCUCAGCGCUAUCACGUAUUACAAGUUGGACUUUGGCAUUGACCGAAUCCAGUUUCUCGUCGACACCUACGGAAAGCCUUCCUUUUAUUCCAACGAGCACAGCAGGACCACCGUGUUCCGAACGCUGCUUGCGCAACGCCCCUCCCUGACGGACACCGCUGCGAUAGCCCUUGAAGGCACCAUGUUGAAGUUCCUACUGAGCGUCUUCCCUGACAAAGUCAGCUUCAUCGACAACAGCGGUCGAUCGCCACUGCACAUGGCCGUCUCGUUUGGAAACCUCGCUGCCUUGGAGAUUCUUGUAGAUCACGGCGCCGACAUCAACCUGGAAUCGCAGCCCAUGGGCAGAGACGGCAUACUCGGCGGCUACACGGCGCUCGGUCUCGCAAUCUGGCUUCAGGACCAGGACGUUUAUGAUCGGAUCUUGAGUGAGGGUCAGCGGGCGGUUGAGGUCUUUGACAGAAACCUUGACAGCAUCAUAGAUCUUCUGAUCAGAGCUGGCGCGACAGAUGCGGGUCAAGGCGCUAGUUUCGAAGUCAAUAUCAAGACCGAAAAGAGAGUCAGCGGAGGGGGGGAUCAUAUUCACAUCAGCCGGAGGAACGUGCGGAAGAAGGAGGCAGAUUGGCCAUGGAGGCUGCCGUGGGAGGGAGACGGGUCAUCCCCCUUUGAGAUCGCCGACGGCCCCGGAGCUGUUACAGAAAUACUCGGAGAAGACGGGCUCUCUCAGAUUUGUGGCGAAGAAGGAUUCACGAUACUCCAGAGUCUUGUUGGAGCCAUCAGUCCUAGCGUGGCCAGUGGCAACUACGUGAAGGAAAAGCCCAAUGCACCAGAGGGUUUCAUGGAGCAAGUGCACUCCAUGAUCUCGGCAAGGCGCGGUGCAACGGUCUUGGAAGAGUCGUUUGCCAGUGGGAGCAUGUUGCCGUCUGGAUGGGAGGUUAGGGGCACACCAGAAGGAAGGGUUUAUUAUGUGGACCACAACACGAAGACGACAGCGUGGUGGCCUCCCCAACGACCGACUUGACGCAAAUCUAACAGAUUGGAAAUCCUCCCACUUUCUAUAGGUUUAAUCAGUUUGCAGUUUCACAAAGUUUCUCAGGUACUGCUCUAUGCCUUGCAUCCAGC